AGGGGGGAGGAUUAACCGGCUCAUCUGCGACACACGUUACACACACACACACACCCUCCAUCCAUCCUCCAUCCAAGCACGGGCUUCAUCUGGAUCAGCAUCAGCAGCAGCAUCAGCAGCAGCGCCGCCUGCAGCAGACAAAGAGGCAGACGGGAGGAAGAGCUGCAGUCUUCCUCAUCUGAGGAUCCAGACAGGAAGAGAGACUCCAGACCGACGGAACCGCCAAGCGGGCCUCAGCAUCCGCCCUCAGUCAUGGCCGACCACAUGUUCCUGCUGCUGUGUGUGUGAGGGCCCAUCAGGGUGGGUGUGUUCCUGUCUGCGUCUCUCCGGCCCGCAGAGUCCACGCCAUGGGGAACGCCGAGAGCAUGGAGAGCCAGCUGGCCGUCAUCCGGUCCAGAGCCGCCCCGGUCCGACUGCCAAUGCCCGACCCGGCCGAACUGGAGGAGAGAUUCUCCAUCGCUCUGAAUUCGAUGAACCUGCCUCCAGACAAAGUGCGUCUGCUGCGUUCCUAUGACAACGAGAAGAAGUGGGAAUUGAUCUGCGACCAGGAGAGGUUCCAGGUGAAGAACCCGCCUCAUACCUACAUCCAGAAGCUGAGAGGAUUUCUUGACCCGGCGGUGACACGGAAGAAGUUCAGAAGACGAGUUCAGGAGUCGACGCAGACUCUCAGAGAGCUGGAGAUCUCUCUGCGUACCAACCACAUCGGGUGGGUCCGAGAGUUUCUGAAUGAGGAGAAUCGGGGUCUGGAUGUUUUGGUGGAGUAUCUGUCCUUCGCUCAGUACGCAGUCACGUUUGAUGGCGAGCUGUCGGACGCUGGCAGCGAGGUGGGUUCCAUCGACUCCCCCUGGAGCCGCUCCAUAGAGGAUCUCCAUGGUGACUGCAGCCUGCCGUCUCCCUCCUCGUCGGUUUCCCGCUCCGCCCGGCACUCCAUCAGCUCUGCUCUGGUGACUCGGUCCAACACGCUGCCAAGUCGUCGAACUCUGAAGAACUCGCGUCUGGUCUGCAAGAAGGACGAUGUCCAUGUUUGCAUCAUGUGUCUGAGGGCCAUCAUGAACUACCAGUACGGCUUCAACAUGGUGAUGUCACACCCGCACGCCGUCAAUGAAAUCGCCCUCAGCCUGAACAACAGGAACCCCAGGACCAAGGCUCUGGUUCUGGAGCUGCUGGCCGCCGUGUGUCUGGUCAGAGGAGGACAUGAGAUCAUCCUGUCUGCCUUCGACAACUUUAAGACGGUGUGCACUGAGUCCAUGCGCUUCGAGAAGCUGAUGGAGCAUUUCAAGAAUGAAGACGACAACAUCGACUUCCUGGUGGCCUGCAUGCAGUUUAUCAACAUCGUGGUGCAUUCGGUGGAGGACAUGAACUUUAGGGUCCAUCUGCAGUACGACUUCACCAAACUCAACCUGGAAGAACACUUGGAGCGAUUGAAGCAUACGGAGAGCGACAGGCUGCAGGUCCAGAUCCAGGCCUACCUGGACAACGUGUUUGAUGUCGGGACACUGCUGGAGGACGCCGAGACGAAGACGGCUGCUCUGGAGAGAGUCGAGGAGCUGGAGGAGAACCUUGCUACUAUGUCCGAGCGUCUACUGGACGUGGAGAAUGAAGCAAUGGUGAAGAUUGUAGAACUGGAGAAGCAGCUGAUGCAGACCAACAAAGAGCUGGACCAGCUGCGGGAAGUGUGCGCCAGCGCUAACACUCAGGUUCACACCUUAAGGCGCAUCGUCCGGGAGAAGGACCAGACCAUCCGUCGGCAGAGUCGUCUGGAGCGUCAGGCUCAGGAGGCCCAGCAGGCUGGAGGACCUGGAGCACCUCAGCCUCAGAGAGGAGAGGGAGACGGGGGGGUGGCAGACUCUGCCUCCCCCUCCCCUCCGCCUUGCCCUACCUUGUCUCCCAGCCCUGAGACCGUGGCCUAUCACAGCAUGGGGCCGGGAAUGGGCGGGGCUCCAGGUAUGCCAGUCCCCCCCCCUCCACCUCCUCCACCACCGAUGCCAAGUACAGCGUCCAACGGGCCGUAUCCUGCGCCUCCUCCUCCUGCUCCUCCUCCACCUCCCCCUCCGCCUCCUCCACCUUGUAGGAGCAGUGAGCUCUCGACUGCCCCCCUGCCUCCUCCCCCUCCACCUGUGGCCCCUCCUCUCCCAGGGUCGGGGGGGUCACCCACCGUCAUCUUUAACUCGGGGCUCGCAGAGGGUCCACUCAAGCUGUUCUCCGUAAAGAUCAAGAAACCGAUCCAGACCAAGUUCAGGAUGCCAGUUCUGAACUGGGUCGCUCUGAAACCCAGUCAGAUCAACGGGACCGUCUUCAAUGACAUCGACGAUGAGUCCAUCCUGCAGGACCUGGACAUGGAAGGCUUUGAGGAGCUGUUCAAGACCAAGGCCCAGGGUCCGGCCGUGGACCUCACCCUGUCCAGACAGAAGCUUCCGCAGAAGGCUCCAUCCAAAGUAUCUCUGCUGGAGGCCAACAGAGCCAAGAACCUGGCCAUCACCCUGAGGAAGGCCGGCCAGGCCCCGGAGGUCAUCUGCCGCGCCAUUCACACGUUUGACCUGCGGACGGUUCCCGUGGACUUUGUUGAGUGUCUGACCCGCUUCAUUCCAACGGAGGCUGAGGUGAAGCUCCUACGGCAAUACGAGAGGGACAGAAAACCCGUAGAGGCUCUGAGCGACGAGGAUCGGUUCAUGAUGCAGUUCAGCCGCAUCGAGAGGCUCAGUCAGCGAAUGAUCAUCAUGACCUUCAUGGGGAACUUCUCAGACAACAUCCAGAUGUUGACUCCGCAACUUCAUGCCAUCAUCGCUGCGUCAGUCUCAAUUAAAUCAUCUCAGAAACUGAAGAAGAUCCUGGAGAUCAUCCUGGCCCUGGGGAACUACAUGAACAGCAGUAAGAGGGGAGCCGUGUACGGAUUCAAGCUGCAGAGUUUAGAUCUGCUGCUGGACACGAAGUCAACAGAUCGGAAGCAAACGCUGCUUCAUUACAUCGCCAACGUGGCGAGAGAGAAAUACCCCGUGGUGACGCUGUUCUACAACGAGCUGCACUACGUGGACAAAGCAGCAGCAGUGAGUCUGGAGAACGUUCUGUGCGACGUGAAGGAGCUGCAGCGCGGCAUGGAGCUCACCUGGCGGGAGUUCAGUGUGUCGCACAACGCCACGCUCAAAGACUUCAUCAGCAGGAACGAGUCCCGCCUCAACAAGCUGCAGGAGGACGCACGCAUCGCGCAGGACGCCUUCGAAGACGCAGUUAAGUUCUUCGGAGAAAGCUCCAAGACGAUGCCGCCGUCCGUCUUCUUCCCCAUCUUCGUCCGCUUCAUCAAAGCCUACAGGGCAGCGGAGGAGGAGAAUGAGCAGAGAAGGCGGCAGGAGCAGAUCCUCCUGGAGAAGCUGGAGCAGGAGGAGCAGCAGGAGGAGGAGACCAAGUCUCCAUCUCACAAAGGCAAACGGCAGCAGCAGGAGCUGCUCACUGAACUCAGACGGAAACAAGGCAAAGACAGCCGCCAUGUGUACGAGGGCAAAGAUGGCGCCAUCGAGGACAUCAUCACAGCACUGAAGACAGUUCCUUUUACGGCCCGGUCGGCCAAACGCAGCUCCCGCUUCUUCUGUGACCCCACCCACUCUGAGGAGCACUACUGAGAGCCAGAGCGGACCGGGCCGACUCUGAAGCAAUGGGACCAAUUAGCACUUUGAACAUUUCUGAUCCACCACGUCAUGCUUUGUUUACCGGCCACAGACUGAGAACCCAGACCUCCUGCUGCUCUCUGGUUCCCAAGGCUUAGACCAGGAUCAUCAGUGCUGAGGGGUUCCAGAGGUCUGAGGCCAUGCAUCUGGUCCUUGGUCUGACCUGCUGUGGUUGCUAAGGGGGCCAGACACCUGUAGGUGGACAUGAGUCUGGUUCAUCGUUGGCACCACAUCAGGCACCAUCCAAACAUUCCUGAAUCUCCAGAGUGGACCUCUGCCUUCGGCCUCAUUGCAUAAUGAAACUUUAACCAUGGUGCUAAUCAAAGACACUGGGUUAGUGUCUCAUCUUUGAGCAGAACUAGGAAAAAACGCAGUUCUACAAAGGCUCGCCAAUGCAGACUGACCAGAACCAGCCAUCAUCUCUGGACUCGGCAGGUCCGCCACUAUCCUGCUGGUUGAUCUGGGUUCCUUUGGUCCUCUUGUACAGGGUUUCCAUCUAUUCAUUCAUUGUCCUCUUCUACAUUCUGCCUGAUUUACUGGCCUUACUACCCUGGAUCCACACAGUCACUCUCCAAGGGUUAGAAACAGAUACCUGCCCUCCAAAGUCCAGUCACCAGGCCUUGUGACCCAACCGCAGGACAACUCUGCUCAUCUGGGCACCUGACCUUGAAGAAACACUUUAAUCCCUCAGAUUAACUAUGGACUGCAGUCCAAUGCUGAGACACCAGCAGAGUCAGAACAUCUCGGCAGAGAUCAGUUGUUCUGAGUCUGAAGGUCCAAAGGUUCCCUGUGGUGAAGGUUCCUGGUGUGAGACUGAAGGUGGUGCUGCA